GAGCGAGGCCGAGUCGUGUGUUCUGCGGUCGGUGUCAUUCCAGCACCACUGGACCUAUUCCCCCCCACCGAGGACCCGCACGCUGUGGUGAAGCCCUUUCCCGUCUCACAAGAGUGGAAACGCCGCAGCCCCGUCGCUCUCACAUCGACCUUUACCAGCGGAAACCCGUUAGCUCAGCAGCUAACAGCUAGCUCAGUUAGCAGUUACAUAGCGACGUUUCUUCCCAUGCAGCUGACCUCCACCACAGCACAGCUGAGUACCAUUCGCUUGCUAGGUUGGGGGUCGUCACUCCCCCCCCCGCUGUUUUCCCACGUCCGCCCCCGUCGUCCCCUGUGUGGUGUCCCGUGGACUGCUCUCGAAUAUGAUCCACAAUGAGUCAACGAGAUACUUUAGUUCAUCUGUUUGCUGGAGGAUGUGGGGGCACGGUAGGAGCCAUAUUAACGUGUCCACUAGAAGUAGUGAAGACACGUCUGCAGUCAUCCGCCAUCACCCUCUACGUGUCUGAGGUUCAGCUCAGUACACUCAAUGGGGCCAGUGUGGCCCGCAUGACCCCUCCAGGGCCCCUGCACUGUCUCAAAUUGAUACUGGAGAAAGAAGGACCUCGCUCUCUCUUCAGGGGCUUGGGGCCAACCUUGGUGGGCGUGGCACCUUCCAGAGCAAUCUACUUUGCUGCUUACUCUACUGCCAAAGAGAAAUUGAACGGUGUGUUUGAACCUGACUCCACACAGGUACACAUGGUGUCGGCUGGAUCGGCAGGUUUUACAGCUAUCACAGCAACCAAUCCAGUAUGGUUGAUAAAGACCCGCCUACAACUUGAUGCGAGGAAUCGGGGAGAGCGCAAGAUGAGUGCGUUUGAGUGUGUGCGGCGAGUCUAUCAGACAGACGGCCUGCGAGGCUUCUACAGGGGAAUGUCCGCAUCCUAUGCCGGCAUCUCAGAGACUGUGAUCCACUUUGUGAUUUAUGAAAACAUCAAACGCCGCCUCUUGGAGGCCAAGGCGACGCAAAACAUGGACGAGGAGGAGGAGACAUCUAAAGAUGUUUCAGACUUUGUGGGAAUGAUGCUUGCUGCUGCCACCUCUAAGACCUGUGCCACAACUAUGGCUUAUCCUCAUGAAGUGAUCCGGACCAGGCUACGUGAGGAGGGCACCAAGUAUCGCUCUUUCUUCCAGACUCUAACGACAGUGCCCAAAGAGGAGGGCUACCGUGCCCUUUACCGCGGCCUCUUGACUCACCUGGUACGACAGAUUCCCAACACCGCCAUCAUGAUGUGCACCUACGAGUUGGUGGUCUACCUCCUCAGUGGUUAAACCAUCCCCCCACACCUACAGCUUAUCAGACAGUAUAUGUAACCCUGCCCCUGUUCAGAGAUGGAGAAAAGAAAACGAGAGAAACUGCACACCAGUUAGCGCAACCACCUCACAAGAAGAGGACGGGGACAGCGCCAUGACGACCAUCGUCUCAGUGAUGCAGCGAGUGGUUUUUAAAAAAUAAGUCGGGAGCAUUGUUGUAUAACCAAAGGGUCUGGCACAAGGAGGAGGAUUGAAAAAAUACUUGCAUCAGUUUUGCAAAUAAACGGUUUCCCUAUUUUUAUUCCAUUUUUUUCCCCCUAUGCUUACAUUUAUGUUGCUUGUGUAAGCUCAGACUCAGAGUACUGAAGAAAGCCCCAGUUACAUUGUAUUCUGCAUCGAAUGAUGAAAGCGAAAUACAGUAACUGUAAUCCUAAGGAAAUAGAGAAUGCAAGUUCUCCAGCUUGAUCAGAUGGUAAAAUAACCGUAUUUCCUGCAUUCCUAGAGGUCCAGAAUACAGAGACGCCCAGACUCAAGAGUGAGUUGAAAAGGUUUCAGUAGUAAGUAAGAAAAAGGAGAAAUCAGUGCUGUGGCUUGUUGAGGAAACUGAAGAGAAAGGGGUGGCUGAGGGGAGGGAGGUUAAUGGGAGAUGUGCCUUGUGUGAUUACAGGACUUGGACCAUGAUGCACAGAGGCUGUAGGAGGAGGCGGAGCUCUGGUUGACCUGUUACAGUGGAUGUAGAAAUGUAGUUGUACACUGGUAUUGUGUGAUUUCAGGUGACCUUUUACAUAUCGGGGGUUAAAACUGGUGGUGACAUCCUCAUGAUGCAGGACUUAACAUGUGUCUGCUGCUCGUUACACUACAUACAUGAUGGAUAUCUUAUUACAAGUCUCCAUAAUGACAUUGACCUAUGAACCUGUACAUGUGUGGAAGAAGAGUGACUACACUUGAGUGCACUAAGGUUUGAUAGAGGAUAGAAAAUCCCCAAGCUAAACCAGAAAUUAAUCCACUGUUCUAACUACUGGAAUAUCAACACAAUACUGAUCCAUAUUGUGAAUUUAAAAAAAGAAUAUAAUUAACACAUUUAAACUAAUUGUAAUGUUGAUGGAUCCAAACAGGAGUGUUUGUUCUUAUUGCACUUUUCAAUGUCUCUUUUUUUCUUAUUCAGUUUAGUUUUCAGGCGAGGACAAAUCCAAGAGUUUGUUCUGGAAAAUGUGUAGAGCUAAAACCAGCAUGUGAAGGAGGUGGCCAGUAAUGUUCUUAUAAAUGCACAUUAAUUAAACGCAGACCAGUAAAAAAACUAACGAAACAAACUAACUGUUUUCUUGAUUCCUUCUUGUUAAGUUGUCAUGUAAGGAAACAAUCAGUGCAUUUCAACUGGUUUAGAAACGCAGAACAGCUUUGAUUUUGUUUAAUGUAUUUGUGGCUGUCCUUCUCAUGCAAUAGAAAGAUGCUUGCGCUCUGCUUAUUUUUUCAUGUUUCAAACUUACUCAUCCGACAGAAGUAGCGAUUUGCUGUGACCUCACAGAAGUAACUUUCCUCCAGUAGUCACAUCACACGAGGGCCCAGCCUGUUGACGACUUUGUCUAACAAGUAAAAAUGGGCCUGGCUUCGCCCCCCGCAGUGUAUAUGAACUUGGAUUAAUAACGUAUCCUGAUACUUUACUGCUUCCUGGGUCAGCGUGCUGGUGUGCAGCAGUAGGUGUAUAUCCGGUGUAUCCUAUAGCUCGGCUAUGAUCACUCUCUCAGUGCCUGUUGUACUUGAGAUUGCAGCCCCAGUGCGUCUCCCCAGAUGCUUUCCCCCAGUAAAAUAACUGGUGUGAUCCUCAAUGUGAACAGUGAACAGCUUUACAGAACACAUGAAGGAUGCAUUAGAUUAGCCUCAUUGUACAAAUCUAAACAGAGGUGGGUUCAUGUUUGCACACAGUGCUGUCAACGCACACUAUUGUCUAAGUCAGAUGUGGGUCCAUCAUUGAUUCCUUCGCUACUAGUAGUUACUGGACGUUGUGUAUCAGGGUGCUGGCAACACUCCUAUUGGUUUAAAACCGGACAGAUAGUGUGAGUUGAUUGUACAAAACGUGAUGAAAGGGUCAGUUAACCCAAAUAACGACAAUAACAAAUCAUUUUCUCUUAUGUUUUAGUCCUGCUGAUAGUUUUAUAUUACUAUUUUACAGGUCAUGGGAUAUCUGAUAUCUGUUCGCUCAGUGAAAGGAACAAUUUGAAAUUUGUUUGCGGUGCUCACACUGUUAAAUGUUCCACUGCUGUUGGACUCAAACCCAUUCAGUUGGUAUUCCUUAUUUGGGUGAACUGACCCUUUUAUACUGUACAUUUCUAUGCAUCUCUUUCACUCGUAUCAGUGUUGGUUAUUUGUCAGCGGAUGCAUUCUUCCCUGCAUUCUACACUUAUUCUGUUGCAUCCACUCUUUUGCAUUGUCUGGUGACUGUGUGUUAGUUUGAGUGUGUGCGUUCACGCUUAAGUGACAAUCGCAUGUCAAUGUCAUCCAGCUGUGUAGUUUGUGCAAGAGACCAUAGGAGUAUGAAUGCACUCAGAAGAAUAACUGCAAAAGUGUUGUUUUUAGCUCUAUAAAUAAAUUGUUGCCUUUUGUUGCCUUUCCUUUGUUUUGUUAUCUCAUGUUGUCUUUGAUGAGCCGAUUGUGAGUGUGGCUCAGUCUAUGCAUUCUCUCAUACCUGUUUUUGUAAAACAAAAAGUCAAUAAAAUGGAAAGAGUGCAAGUAA